CCGACUAAAGAAAACUAAAAAAGAAAGGGCUUCGGCAGGGCAACUAAAAGCAAACAAGCGAUGGGCGACGACAAGUCGCCGGCUUCGAACUCGAUGGCGAUCAGAGAGAGAGAUCGAGAGCUUCUGAUUCCGGUGGCCGAUGAUCCCGCCGACGAUUCGGACUCCAACAAGCCGUCCUCCUCCGCCGCCGGCCAUCAUCACUCUGGGAGAGAGGCAUUUUAUAAAGUUAUCCGCAGUUGGGCCUCAAAGAAAUUCAUGACUGGAUGUGUUAUCCUGUUUCCGAUUGCGAUUACCUUUUACAUCACCUGGUGGUUCAUCCAUUUCGUGGAUGGAUUCUUCUCCCCAAUAUAUGCUCAACUUGGAAUCAACAUCUUUGGACUUGGUUUCAUAACUUCCAUACUGUUCAUUUUCUUGGUUGGUGUGUUCAUGUCAUCAUGGCUUGGGGCAUCCGUCCUUAGCCUUGGCGAGUGGUUUAUCAAGCGGAUGCCAUUUGUUCGCCAUAUAUACAAUGCAUCUAAACAGAUUAGCUCAGCCAUAUCACCUGAUCAAAAUACACAAGCCUUCAAGGAAGUAGCCAUUAUAAGGCACCCCAGAAUUGGUGAAUAUGCAUUUGGAUUCAUUACAUCUUCUGUUGUUCUUCAGAGUUAUUCUGGGGAAGAGGAGCUCUUCUGUGUCUAUGUGCCAACAAACCAUCUUUACAUUGGUGAUGUAUUCCUAAUCAACUCUGAGGAUGUGAUUAGACCGAACUUAUCUGUCCGUGAAGGAAUUGAAAUUGUUGUCUCCGGUGGGAUGUCAAUGCCUCAAAUCCUCUCAACGCUUGAUUCUCAUACGAUACAAGUGGAUAGAACUAGAUCUAACCGGACUUGAGGCAGAGGCGACGAAGUUUCUUCUAUUAAGCUUUAAUGAGUUAUAGCAUGGAGACCACACCGUUUACUUCUCUUUGUUUCCGGUUUUAAUGUAAGUUUGAAUUCUACAGCUUGCCUUCUGUAUAUCGAUGGCACAGUAAUAUUCUUCCUUGCAUUAGGUUUGUAAAGUAUUAGUGAAUUCCUUGCUAUGUGCUUUCAGUUUGGUCUGUAACUUUAGAAACUCAGGUUCCAGAGUUUUAUUUUUACACGGUUUGUAAGGAAUUUGGGUAGGAUUGCUGAUUAAGAUUUAAGUUCAAGAGGGGGGGAAAGGACUUUAGCUGCUAAUUCGAGUUUGCUGCACUUUCAUUAUCAAGGUCAUGGUCUGUGGGUCUCCCAAUUUUCGUCUGCUGGUCGUUUGUGGUUAAAGCGUCAUUUUCAUAACAUCUAUAAUAUUGGCUGUAUGAAUAGAUA